CAGAGGCCGCUGGGGCCGGUCUCUAUGGCAACGGACUGUACACUACCGCAAAGGAACUAGUUUCUGCUCCAAAGUCAUGGCCAGCCCCGGGACGCGUUACCAGAGUUUCUCCAAGUCCAGAACACGUGCACAAUCUUCAGAAGAGACUACAGGAGCCAAGAGCUUUGAGAAACGAAAGCUCUCUCAGAAACGAAGAACACUGCCCUUGCAGUUUUCCAUGGGUGGCCACCUGUCCCCAUGGCCGACGUACACCAGUGGCCAGACGAUUCUGCAUAAACGAAAGCCCUGUUCAGAGGACUGCCGGAAAAGAGCCAAUAGCUGGCAGCAGCAGCCCCUGGGCGCUUCCAAGCCCAGGUACCUGGAGCAACUGGAGAACUACCUGCGCAAGGAGCUCCUCCUGCUGGACCUGGGCACGGACUCUGCACAAGAGCUGAGGCUGCAGCCUUACAGGGAGAUCUUUGAGUUCUUCAUAGAGGAUUUCAAGACAUACAAGCCAUUGUUAUCCUCCAUCAAGAAUGCAUAUGAGGUGAUGCUGGCCCACCAAAGGGAGAAAAUUCGGUCCCUGGAGCCCCUGAAGGCCAAGAUCGUCAGUAUGAACGAGGACUGCAGUGAGAGGAUCCUGGCCAUGAGGGCUGAGGAGAAAUAUGAAAUCUCCUUGCUCAAGAAAGAGAAGAUGAAUUUGCUAAAACUCAUUGAUAAAAAGAAUGAAGAGAAGAUCUCCUUGCAGAGUGAGGUGACUAAACUGAGGAAGAGCUUGGCUGAGGAAUACCUUCGCUACCUUACCGAGCGAGAUGCCCGCAAGAUUCUUAUUGGGGACCUGAAUGAGCUGCGAUACCAGCGAGAAGACAUGUCACUAGCCCAGUCCCCAGGUGUUUGGGGAGAGGAUCCUGUGAAGCUAUCGCUGGCACUGAAGAUGACUCGACAAGACCUGACCCGCACUCAGAUGGAACUCAACACCAUGAAAGCCAACUUUGGAGAUGUGGUACCCAGGAGAGACUUUGAAAGGCAGGAGAAGAUCAACAUGGAACUUCAAGAGCAGCUGGAAAGUCUGAGAGCUGACUAUGAAGAGGUCCGAAAGGAACACGAGUUACUGCUGCAGUUGCACAUGACCACACUGAAGGAGCGGGACCAGUUCCAUCAUGAGCUAGAGGAGAUCCAUCGCACCUCCACCCCUCGACCUGACUGGACCAAAUGCGAAGGCAUCAUAUUAGGGGGUGCAGAACGCUGGCUAAUGCUGGCCGAAGGAAAGAACAGUGACCAGCUGGUGGAUGUGUUGCUGGAGGAGAUUGGCAGUGGUCUGCUUCGGGAGAAAGACUUCUUCCCUGGUCUGGGCUUUGGGGAAUCUGUCCCUGCUUUCCUUCGGUUUGAUGGCCCUGUGGAGAACAAGAAGCCGAGCAAGAAGGAGGUGGUCAAUCUUCUUGUAGAUGCCUGGAAGGAACGUAUUGCAGAGGAGCAGAAAGAGUCAUUCCCAGAUUUCUUCUUCAAUUUUCUGGAGCGUCGCUUCGGGACCAAUGAUGCCAUAGCCUGGGCUUACACCAUUUUUGAAAGUAUCAAGCUCUUUCACUCCAAUGAGAUCAUGAGUCAGUUCUAUGCAGUCUUGAUAGGCAAGAAGCUGGAGAGUGUAUAUGUCAACCAAAUGGAGACACUGUCCCAUCUGCAGAAGGAGAUGGCAAAUGCUGACACUCAGAAUGAGGGGUUAAUAUCCAUGGAGCAAUUCUGCAACAUCCUCAAGAACGCCUUUCCUCUCAAGAAGGAAGAACAAAUUCAGGAGCUAAUGGAGGCAGCAGGCUGGGGUCCAGACAACAGCAGUACAGAAGUGUUCAGCUACCGAAUAUUGUUUACUGAGGAUGAGGAGGGUCAGAGUGAGCCGUUUGUGCAAAAGCUGCGGGAACAGUACGACAGUGAGAAGGAGGCAUACUUAGAAGAACUGAAGCAGGAUUUGGAACUAGAGCUCUCCGAUGAGGUGAACCUACUGAAGAUGCGUGGGGCCCUGAUGAACAUCGAUCCCAGCCUGGACAAGCAGACGCUGAGCACCUACCUGAGCCAGGCCUUUCAGCUCCCUGUGGCAGAACUGCCCUUGGAGGAUGAUGAGAAGCAGGAGGAAAUUGUAGUAAAACUCGAGACUGCGAUUGAACGGCUUCAGAUAGCAGACAUCAAGCGUGUAGGACCGCGAGGAGAGCCAGAGCCAACGAGCUAGAGACCUCAUGGGAACUUAAGUACUCCAGUGUUGCUAAACUUCCAGUAUAAAAUUAUUUAUCUAAAUUUA